CGGGAGUAAAAUGUCAUAAAAUGGAGAAGAAAACAUGAAAGCCAAGGAAGAUGGAAAGGCUGGUCGUGACGUUCACUCCCUCCGGCCUUUCGCUCUCGCUCGGCGGGCCGGGGCUGCGCGGCCUGGGUCUCCAUUGCCCCCGCCCAGCGUCCGUCGGUGGCGCCCGGAGCCUGCUGGCGGCCUUUCCCGCCCUGGGGCGAGCUUGGCCUGUGUCGGUGAAGCCGGUCCCAGAGCCCGGCCUGGAAAAACAACAGCGAGAAACUUUGGCUCGGUUGGCGGUUCAAGUGAAAACAGGAAAGGCAACAGCAUGGCCAGCGUCCUGUCCCGGCGCCUCGGCAAGCGGUCCCUUCUGGGAGCCCGGGUGUUGGGACCACCUGGGGCUGCCCCACCCUCGGAGCCUCAGGCAGAGCUGCUGGAGGGGGCGGCUCCCCAGCCCUUUGUUGCCUCCAAGGAUGCGUCCUGCCAGGAGCAGCCUAAGGAAGUCCUCAAGGCUCCGGGCACCUCGGGCCUCCAGCAGGUGGCCUUUCACCCCGGGCAGAAGGUUUGUGUGUGGUACGGGGGUCAAGAGUGCACAGGACUGGUGGAGCGGCAUAGCUGGGCAGAGGAUAAGGUGACUGUCUGGCUGUUGGACCAGAAGUUACAGAUCUGCUGCAAAGCGGAGGAGGUGUGGCUGGCCGAGCCGCCGGGCCGCAUCCCCCAGGUGCCACCUCCAGAGCAGGGGACCCAGGCGCCAGCCUACAGGCCUGUGUCCAGGAACAUUGAUGUCCCAAAGAGGAAGUCGGAUGCAGUGGAAAUGGACGAGAUGAUGGCGGCCAUGGUGCUCACGUCCCUGUCCUGCAGCCCGGUCGUACAGAGUCCUCCCGGGGGAGAGGCCAACUUUUCUGCCUCCCGCACGGCCUGCGACCCCUGGAAGGAGAGCGGCGACGUGUCAGACAGCGGCAGCAGCACCACCAGCGGGCACUGGAGCGGGAGCAGCGGCGUCUCCACCCCCUCGCCCCCGCACCCCCAGGCCAGCCCCAAGUACCUGGGGGACGCCUUCGGCUCUCCCCAGACGGAUCACGGAUUUGAGACCGACCCGGACGCUUUCCUGUUGGAUGAACCAGCUCCCCGAAAAAGAAAGAACUCGGUGAAGGUGAUGUACAAGUGCCUGUGGCCCAGCUGUGGCAAAGUCCUGCGCUCCAUCGUGGGCAUCAAACGACACGUGAAAGCCCUCCACCUAGGGGACACCGUGGACUCCGACCAGUUCAAGCGGGAGGAGGAUUUCUACUACACAGAGGUGCAGAUGAAGGGGGAAGCUGCUGCGGCUGGUGGCCCCACAGCCGACCCAGCUCCGACCCCCAGCGUGACCAGCCCGCCCCUCACCAUCCUGCCCCCACCGCCUCCUCCCAAAGCCCAGUCCUCAGGCCCAGAUCACCCUGGCCUGGAGUCUUACCUGCCCUCCGGUGCUCUCAGCAAGUCAGCUCCUGGCUCCUUCUGGCACAUUCAGGCCGACCAUGCAUACCAGGCUCUGCCCCCUUUCCAGAUCCCGGUCUCCCCGCACAUCUACACCAGCAUCAGCUGGGCCGCGGCCCCCUCCAGCGCCUCCUCCCUGUCCCCGGUCCGGAGCCGGUCGCUAAGCUUCAGCGAGCCCCAGCAGCCGCCCCCUGCCAUGAAGUCUCACCUGAUCGUCACGUCUCCGCCUCGGGCCCAGAGCACCACCAGGAAAGCCCGCGGGGAAGCUAAGAAGUGCCGCAAGGUGUACGGCAUUGAGCACCGGGACCAGUGGUGCACCGCCUGCCGCUGGAAGAAGGCCUGCCAGCGCUUCCUGGACUGAACCACGGCCCCUCCCGGCGGCCCGGGGACACAGGCAGAUGGGUCCCAAGCCCACCGCAGAAGCCUAAAAGCUACAGAGUGGACACACGGGGAGUUUGGGCUCUAUUGGCUAAGGUUGAAUACUCAAAACAUUUUCCCCUCCCUCAUGGGAAUGUUUUAGUUUUUUUAAAAAAAAAAUAGAAACAAAAAAAUUAUUUUUUUUUCUUCCCCUAAAAUGAGAGAGAGCCAAAACUGACCAAGGGUAUUCUGCAGCAAACCAGAGACCAAAGAAACGACUCCCCUUCCUCUCCUCCCCACAGCCCAUCUCCCUAGGGGAUUAAUGUGUACCGUAUGGAAGGAAGGGACAGCUCAUUGUGUUUCCUGCUGAGCUGUUGGAUUCUUUGCUUUCUCCACUCUUCCAGAAGGGACUGUGAGCAACAUGGAUUUACUUUUUUUUUUUUUAGAAAAAAGAGAAAUUUCUGGCUGAUGACUCAGAGAACAGGACCUGCUGAGGCUGGGGUGGGAAGACGGGGCUGAUGUGUGAGCUUUUUGAGGUGCAGCCGGCCCCCUUUUCUCCACUCAGAUCCAGGAGGAGGGAGAGAUUGUCCUCACCCAGCAGCCUCCAUCAGAGUCCAAGGAAAGCCCCUUUUCCGGUGCCAGCUGCUCUGAUCUGGGGUCCCUCAGGUCAGGUUGCAGCGCAACAGAUACGGUAUGGCCUCUUCUCCAAGCCCAGACUCGUAGGUUUGUGAAAAGACUGGGACAGUCAGGAAGCUGAGCCAAAAGGCUAGAAAGAAUUCACGUCGUACAGCGUGGCAGAUCAAGACUACCUUGCUCACCCUUUCCUUGACAAGAGACCAGACGGUGUAGUACUCGGCGAGAGUGCUUUGCUGUUCCCUGAGUGAACCCAUGCCCACCCCUCCCCACCAGCUCUGGAAGACACCCCCCCCAGAAACACUUUGUUUUCACUUACGGUAUAUUCAGGAGCCUCUUUCUGAUUUAAGACUCCCCCUUUGUUUGGCCGAGAGAUCCUGCCCUGAGGUAGGUCCCACUUUGUCUCAUGGGAACCAGGGAUUUUCCCACGUUCCUCCAAGGCCACAGGGCCGGGCUGGCGAAGAGAACAGACAGAAGGGUAGGUGGCAGCUUCUGCCACGGUGAGAGGGGUGCAGAGCUGUCCCGUGGCUCCACGGGCUCACCUGGCCCUUUGGGUACCAUCUGGUUUUCUUCCUAAGGUGACAGGCAGGACGGGACUCUUCAGGGGGCUUCUGCUUGGUCCAGUCAGUGUGAUGGGGAGGGUCACUUGGAUGUGGUGUCAUGUUCCCAGACACCUGUUGGGCGUCUUUUCUGCCCGAAGGCAGGUUGGGGCAGGUUAGGGAGCCUGAGGAGGUGAGUUCAGUUCAUUUUAGUCGCUCAGUCAUGUCCAACUCUUUGCAACCCCAUGAACCACAGCACGCCAGGCCUCCCUGUCCGUCACCAAUUGCCGGAGUCCAAGUUGGGCGUCUUUUCUGCCUGAAGGCGGGAUGGGGCAGAUUAGGGGGCCUGAGGAGGUCACGUGACAGGAACUGGGGUUGAUUUAGCAUCUAUUGGAGACCUCAGGAAUGGAGGGGACCCUGGACUGCGUGACUUGAGAGCUAAAUACGUGAAUCCAUUUUUGUUGAGGAAGAAGUGGAGGAAGGGGCUUCUGUGCCUGGGCGAGCAGGGCUGAUCGAGGGCACAUUUUUGGCUAAAAGCCUCACCUUUCUGCCGAGCGGGACUGGUUUUGGGGACUCCUCAGGGCCCACGUCCCAAAUGUCAGGGGCUCAGGGAACUCUAGGCCAGCUCUUUGGGGCUUGCACAGCGGCGUCCAGCCCUUGGCUGUGAGCAAGGCUGUCCUUCCCGUCCAGGCGGGCUCACUUGGCUGCAGGAACCCGAUAGAUGCCUUUCCGUCUGUGACACGCCGCGUGUUGGAAAGCGGCAGACGGGAAUAGGGGGUGUGAUGGUGUGAAGGGUGAUGGUGACCUGGGUUUGGUGACAGAAGGGAAAAGCACUCUUACACAUGAGUGUCUUUGGUGGUGAUGGGGUAUAUUUUUAUAACUCAGUUAAAAAAAAAAAAAAUUAUGUAUGUGGAAUUCUGUCCCUCGGUGAAGCUGGAGAUCAGGCCAGCAAGAGGUGCUGGGUUCUCCCUCCCGCUCCUUCAAGCUCCCAGCUUCCCAAAGCUGACUCCUCGCUUCCCGCCCUGUGCCCUGCAGGUCCUACCCGUGUGGGGAGGGGGCCUUGGAGACGGGGGUGGGGGGAGCUCUGCCCAGCAGCGUCUCCCCUUUCCUCCUUACUCAGAGCUUUUGCUGGGUCUCACCUUUGGAGACGCUGUUUUCAUUUCCCCCUCAGUUUGGACCGUGUAGGUACAACUGGAUAUCAAGAUUUUCUCUAAGUAAGGCGGGCUUCUUGUGUCACAGCUGCACAGGGCAGAAAAGGAAGAGAGAAGAAAUUGAUGCAACAAUUUCAAAACAGAGGUUUUUUGUGGUUUUUUUUUUAAUGUUCUGGUGCGGCUUUCCCUGGCGGCCUUUGCUCCGGCCUCCUUCCUGGUGGUGGUGGCCUCCUCCAGCCUCUCUCCUCCCACUGCUCCAUCUGUGGCUGCCGUGUGGGUUCUUGGACGUGUGGUCUGUCCCGGGGUUGUCCCGUUCGUCUCUUCUCGGAGGGCCGGGGGUGGUUUGUGACCUGAUCCCACCAUCACGCCUGUUUUCUUCAUCUCUGUAUUUCUCCCUACUUCCCGGCCCAUCCUGGGAGGCAGAAUCUGAUGGAAGGUAAGAGGCGACAGGUGCGCUUUGGAAACUAACAGGACGGAUUGGGAAAGCAAGCGUCUUGGGAAACUCUUUAUUCUGGGGAUGUUAUGCUUAUUCACAAUAUUUUGGAAGUACCUUUGGAGUCUAGUGCCUGCUUUGAGCAGCCUUAAUGAUACCGAAUCUGCACCCGUGCGCCUUCAGUGCAAAGAGUCCAGUGAAUGAGGGUGGUGGUAGUGGUUGAGUCACUGGGUCCCAUCUGACUUUUUGCGACCUCGUGGUAGCCCUACAGGCUCUUCUUGUUCGUGGGAUUUCCCAGGCAAGAAGACUGGAGUGACUUGCCAUUUCCUGGUGGUCAAAUGAGGUCACAGGUGCAGAACACAAGGACCAUCGGGUGAGUAAAAUGGCUUAGAUUUAAUAAUCUGACUUCUGAGCCGGCUGUGAAAGCAAUCGUGUAAUUUCAGAACACAUUCUGAGCAACAUCCACAGUGUUGCAGUUGGCCUGAGGCUAGAUUCUUUGAAGAACAUAAUGGAUUUGGAUGUGGAAACUCUGACUUGUCGGAAGAAAUCUGUCCUGUUACUUUCUGGUCCUCGCAGGUUCUGACUUUACCAGGGGCAAAAAAAAAAAAAAAAGAGGGGAGGGAGAUAAAUCCCAUCUGUGAACUUGUCUUUAUUGGCGCCUUUUCCCCCAGCUGUCUUCCAAGUAUUAUUUUUACUGUUAAAAAUUUUUUUAAAAAUGUGAAAUAUAAUGUUUUUACAGCAACAAUAUGAAAUAUAUUUUAUAAGGAAUAAAAUGGUACAUUGUCUGA